CAAGGAAAAUUACAGGACACAAUUAGUACAUUUAAAUGUGCAUAUUUUCCCAGGAGGAUCUGUGUACCCAAUAUUUUGCCAGGCACUCUUCCUCUCUCUGCAAUUUCACAAGAACACUGAAGAAAGUUUGGAUUUUGGAAAGGCAAAUCUGGUGAGUAAUUCGUCUGAAUAUUCAAUGGCUAGUAAGAAGGGGCCAAGACUUUCGGGAAUGCAGAAACAAGUACUUAGUUUAUUCAGGGAAUUUUUACGAGCAGCUCGUUUGAAGCCUCCUGAAGAGCGACACCGGAUUGAGUCAAUUGUCACUAGUGAGUUCCGCUGCAAUUCCAAGCAAAUAGACCGCAAGAACUUCCUCUACAUAGAAUAUCUGAUUCGCCGUGGUAAGAAACAACUUGAUCAGCUUAGAAGUCCUGAUACCAUUGGAUUAUCAUCUUUGAAUGUCAGUUUGUCUGAAAAAGAUUCUAAGCAUUGAGUUUGUGUCUCUAGAAUUUUCAUCCAUCCAUUCUUUAGUUGAUUAUUUUGAGAAAAAGGAAACGUAUGCUUCUAUUGGGAAUUUUACAGUUAAUGAUGUUAACUCUCCACUGCCUCAAAACUCUACAAUGGCCGGAGGAAAGUGUGUUUUGAAAAUAAGAUGGUUUAUAAUUUCUUGUUAAAGGGGUCUUCAAUUUCUCUUGCCUGUAAUUUCCAUUAUGAGAAUCUUGCUAGCACUUACCAAUGAGUAGUUGUAAUGUAGACUGAGAGGCCUCAAAAUCUUGAAAUUUCAAGUUUUGUUUCAGAUUUGAGUUUAGAGUAAAUAAUCAAGUAAAGCCAUAGUUUACUU